CCUCAAACAUCUCUCUAUCGCGAUUUGCAUCUUCGGUCUUUUCUUUCUUCCUUCCUUCCUUUCUUUCUUUCCCCAAAGAUCUCUCUUUUGAACAAGCUAGCAGCACACGAAUAAUCAAAAGGCGGCCGGAUCGAAGAAAGUUGCAGUGCAUCCUGCUGCGCGAGACGUAUAUAUUAUCUAUCUGCGACAGGACUAAUAUAGCUCAAAAGAAGAGAAUACUCUCUACCUAGGGCUUGCUUGCUAUCCUGAUCCAACGUCACACUGAUACUAUAUACUCAUCGACUGCUGCUAGUAUAUACUAGCUGCGCAGUUUGAACGACGAAUUGAAAUCUUCAGCUUUUUAUUUAUUAUUGAUUGACUCGAUCCACCAGCAGCAGCAGCACCACCACCAGCAGCAAGGCCACGGCCACCUGCAGAUUGCCGUCAGCGGCAGCGGCGACGCCAAUCAUGAGCUCCUCCAGCAACCAAUCAUGGGGGGAGCGCUUCCCGAUGGAGGAGGAGGAGGUGGUGGCGGGGGGCAGGUUGGGGGCCCCGCCAAGCCCAUGUCCAUGGCGGAGCGCGCGCGCCUCGCGAGGAUCCCGCUGCCGGAGCCGGGGCUCAAGUGCCCGCGCUGCGACUCAACCAACACCAAGUUCUGCUACUUCAACAACUACUCCCUCACCCAGCCGCGCCACUUCUGCCGGGCCUGCCGCCGCUACUGGACGCGCGGCGGCGCGCUCCGCAACGUGCCGGUCGGCGGCGGAUACCGCCGCCACGCCAAGCGCGCCAAGCCCAAGCAGCAGCAGCAGCAGCACGCGGCCGCCGGGACCGGGGCUGCCACCGGCGCGAUGCAGCAGCCUCCCGCUGGGUCCAUGGCGUCGUCGGCCGCCGCGUGCACCGCGACCACGACGAUGACGACCAACGCGCUCCACGCCGGGCCCGGCGGCGGCAUGCUGCCCAUGCUGCCGCCGCUGCUGCGCCUAGCCGACUUCGACGCAAUGAGCCUCGGCUCCAGCUUCUCCGGCAUAUCGUCCAUGGGGAAGCCCGGCUCCAUCGGCGCGGCCUGCUACCCGCACUCGGUCGGCGGGCUGGAGCAGUGGAGGGUGCAGCAGAUGCAGAGCUUCCCGUUCUUGCAUGCGAUGGACCAGGGCCCGCUGGGGCCACCUCUGGCCAUGGCGAUGGCGGCGCCAGGAGGGAUGUUCCAGCUAGGUCUAGACACCACCAGUGAUAACAGCCGUGGCGGUGGCGGCGGCGGAGAAGACGGGUCGUCUGCCGGAGAGGCGCUCCAUAUGAUGCAAGCCACCAAGAGGGAGAGCUACCCCGCGGCACCAAGAGCCAUGUACGGCGACCAACAACACAAUCACCUGGCUGCUGCUGGUGGCUACACUUCCUAUUCCACCAAUGCUGCUGCAGGUAACCAUCUCUUGUAAUGGCCGGCCGAUCGAUCGAUCGAGAGCUCAACAAUUCAAGUGUCCUGCUAUAGCUAGCUACUACGACGUCGUGCUACGAUCGUAUCGGUUCGUUUCCUACAAAUAUAGCCUAGAGAUAGAGUGUCUCUGUCUGUGUGAUCGAUGGUAUUGUUAUGAUCAUAUAGAAAAGACCAGUAGCAUGCAUGCACUUGUUGCAAUGUUUGCUUUCAAGAAGAAACUCUGGAGGGAGGAGAGGCUCGGUUUGGAUGCUGAUCAUGCGCAAAUAUUACUAGUGUCUACAGCUGCUACUUCAUUAUAGCUGCUAGCAUGGUCACUUGUUUUAUGUUUCUUCUUCUGCUGCUUUUUUAUCUGAUCCCUUUGUUAGGGUUUACUACUACUAUCGAUCAUUUGUGGUCAAGUAAUGUGUACUGGUGUACGUUCAUCAUUUUGUUAACGAAAACACCUAUCAUAUAUAUGUCAAUUAUUCAACCCCACCCUAACUUUAUAUUUAUAUAUAA